CACACACGCACACGCACGCUCAGUAUCGCUGCAGGCUGCAUCCCUCCUCCUGCCGCGCUGUUUGCACUGAGCCGCAUCGCACCUCACACCGCCGCGACACAAACGCGCCGCAUCCGCGCCUCAUCGAUCCGCGUAUCGGAAACCGAUCGGUAACCGCAUGGUGACGUCACGCCGCUGAUUGGUAACAGCGGCUGGUGGGCGGGUGGCUGUGUGACACUCCAACGCCAGGGAUAGAUGGGCGCAUUGAAACCAAACACCGGAUAAACGAAAGAAAAGACAAAAGAGGAACGCGAGGACGUGCACGGGGAGUGUUUGUUUUGUUUCUCCGUCAGUGCGUGGGGAAUGUAGCUGUCACAGCCGCCUGCGGGAGGAUGGAUGCGUAACAGCACGGAUCGAGCCAGCUGUGGCCUGCUUCUAACAGCAACAUCUGGCCGAGAGGAGCCUCAGCAGCCUGGAAUACAGCACCGAGGGGGGAGAUGGAGGAGGGGGACGCAGAGGGGGAAGGGCCCAUGGUGGGCAGAGAGGGGCCGAACGCCAGCAGCAACAUCACCACCACCACCACCACCACCAACCUCCUGGCUUCCGUCAAAGAGCAGGAGCUUCAGUUUGAGCGGCUGACUCGAGAGCUGGAGGAGGAGCGGCAGAUUGUGGCCAGCCAGCUGGAGAGGUGCAUGCUGGGAGCUGAGUCGCCAGCGGGAGACAGCAGCAGCUCGUCCGAGAAGUCGUUUGCAUGGAGAUCUGCAGGUGGAGAGUUGCAGGGUGGAGUGAUGGAGGGCGUCUGGGUGUCCUGGGCGUCAGCUGGAGUGUGGAGGAGGGUCUCUUCAUGCCUGAGCCUGACCGCGCCUCGCUGCAUGCCAGUGAGGGAUCUGUUAAUGCAGAGAAAGUAG